AUGGCCAUUUGGGUUCUUUUUCACCUUUUUCUCUUCCUUGUUUUAGAGCCAACAACAGCAAAUUUAGAAGGGAAUGCUCUUUUUCAACUGAGGAUAGAAGUUGACGACCCGGAAAAUGUUUUACAGAGCUGGGAUCCGACCCUGGUGGAUCCAUGUACUUGGUUUCAUGUCACUUGUGAUGCUCAAAACCGGGUCACCAGACUUGACCUGGGAAAUGCAAAGCUAUCAGGAAAAUUAGUUCCUGAUUUGGGGAAGUUAGAGCGUCUUCAAUAUUUGGAAUUAUACAUGAACAGCUUUGUGGGUCCAAUUCCUGCUGAACUAGGAAAAUUGAAGAAUCUUGUAAGCCUAGAUCUUUACCAUAAUAAUCUCACAGGAUCCAUCCCUCCAUCUCUGGCCAACCUCUCCAAACUCAGAAUCUUGCGUCUGAAUGGCAACAGGCUGACAGGAAGAAUCCCAAGGGAACUUAGCAAGCUUGGAAAACUAAAGAAGCUAGAUGUGUCCAAUAAUGAUUUGUGUGGUACAAUUCCAACAACUGGCUCCUUUUCUAAGUUCACCGAGAACAGUUUCAAGAAUAACUCAAGAUUAAAAGGGCCUGAGCUGAUGGGCUUUGUGAGAUAUGAUGUUGGAGGCUGCAACUGA